CUCAAUGUCAGCUGUGAGGAAUGUGCGACGAACAUUGAGCAGCCGCCCCCAUAAGGGUUUAGCCUGCAGUCACCAGCAGUGUCUCCAGUAUUUCACAGACAUCAUUCCUCAUACUUUGCUGCAACAUCGACUGCUUCUGAAUCGGGACAAGCUACUCACUUUAAUCCUUUUUCUUCGUGAGGAAGAAAGAAUUGUUCAAGGUGACCCUACUGCAAGAUGUCUUCUACCCCAGAGCUGCACUUCCUCCUCUAUACCACGUUGCCCUCCUUCCCCCCGACCACUCCAGGAGUCCCGGCUGUGGAGCUCAAUGCCACCUCUUGCGAGGAGUGGGAGCAGACCCACCACCUCCUUUUCCAUCUGGGGAGCAUGUCCCUGCUAUUGGGUCUGGUCAUCCCCACCACCCUUGGUGUGCACAUGAUCCUGUUGCGCCUCCUCUUGAUGACAGGAUGUGGUCUCUUCAUUGUGUGGGCGACUCUGUACAGGUGCAACCUGGAUGUGAUGGUUUGGAAUGUGGUAUUUCUGGUGGUCAACUUCAUGCACUUGUUCUUCCUCCUGUACAAGCGCAGACCGAUUAAGAUCGACAGGGAGUUGCGGUCAGUCUACAAGCGGAUGUUUGAGCCCCUCCAUGUGCAGGAGGCUCUUUUUCAGAGGCUCACAGGGCAGUUCUGCACCAUCCAGACGCUUAAGAAGGGCCAGGCCUACGCUGCCGAGGACAAAACCUCUGUGGACGAACGCCUCAGCAUUCUCCUCAAAGGAAAGAUGAAGGUAUCGUAUCGAGGCCAUUUUCUUCACAACAUCUAUACCAAUUCAUUCAUUGACUCUCCAGAGUUCAGGUCUACUGAGAUGCACAGAGGAGAGAAGUUUCAGGUGACCAUCAUGGCAGAGGAGAACUGUAAAUUCCUGUGUUGGUCUCGAGAGAGGCUCACCUAUUUCCUGGAGUCUAAUACUUUCCUAAAUGAGGUGUUCAGGUACCUCAUUGGCAAAGACAUCACCAACAAACUGUACUCUCUGAAUGACCCCACACUCAGUGACAAGGCGGUGAAGAAGAUGGACCGUCAGCCCAGCCUAUGCUCUCAGCUGUCUAUGAUGCAGAUGAGGAACAGCAUGGCGAGCAGCAGCGAUACUGAUGAUGUCCUUAACCAGAUCCUACGAGGAGGUUCUGCUGGAUCGUCACUCCAAAAAUCCCCUGGCACCAAGACCUCCUCAAAGAUGAAGCCAAUAGAAGAAGGCAUGGAAGAUGAUGUUUUUGAAGAAUCUGCUUCUUCCAAGUCUCGCCGUAUGCCCAGCACUUCCACUGAGGACGUGUAGCCAGCAGGGGAAGAAUACACAAGAUCCAAUGUAUGCACUUCUUGUUUAGCAACAACAACAACUAGAAUCUGAUAGAUACACCCGCAAGGCCGACAUUACCACAUGUUAUUUUCGUAAGUAAAUGGAUAUCCUCCUGCUGGCAACAAAUGUCAGUUGAGAAAUAUCAAAGAUAUGUUUCUGGUCAUUUAGUAACAGUUUCUCCAUUACAUAGUUUGCCCACCAGAGAGCACUGAAAAGUUUAUUUUUACACUGUUAAAUGUUCUUCUUAGAAGCCACUAGAAAUACCUUCUUAUAAAAAUGUCCUAUGUUAAUGCUCCACUGUUCAUCGGCUACUUGUUAACUGUGUUUGGUGCUAAGGAGCUAUUUUGGGAAGCAGGCGUUAUGGCUGCAGGGGCCCGCCCACAGAGCUGCCAUGGCCCCAUAUAGUCACAUCAUGUAUCGGCCAAUCAUUUUGUUGUUUUUGCUAUAUUAAUAUAGAUACAUAUAGCUUAAACAGAGGAGGCAAAAAUACAACUGACCAACUGCCUGAUUAAUACACUCAAAUGCCAGCCCACGGAUUUAUGUCUGCCGCUGGUUCAGUUGGGUCAGGGGUCAGCAACCAUUACUGUCCAAAGGGCCAUUUUGCUCUAUUUUCCACCAAAUAAAAUUUGUCUGGAGCCGCAAAAGCUAUUCGAUAUCACAGCUUAUAUACG